AUGGAAGACCAUGACAGUCAUCAUGUUAAAUACAAUGAGCUAAAAAGCAUCUACAAAUACUAUAUUGAUUCAUUUAAUGCAUUGUAUCAGUUAAAAACGGGAGAAGAAGAAGAAUUAAACUCGAUUUACAAAUUUAUCAAAGCACAAUUGAUUGAUUCAAAGAAUUGCCUUCCCGUCAAUAUUGCUAGAGAUAUUUUACAUAUCAUUCCAUAUAAUAAUCGCUAUACCAAGUCAUAUUUGAAACUUGUAAAAUUCAUAAUUGAUGAUUAUCAUGUUAAAAAGGUUACCAAGAUUUCAACUAUUUCCGGAUACCUAUUUUAUAAAGAAUAUGGAAUAUGUUUAGACAUAUCAGAUGAAUUCUACAAAUUAGUAAAUUUUAAUAUUCAUGAAGAAGAUACAAUUUACAAGGCACUUAUGUAUAAUGAUAUAGAAAGACUCAUAUACUUCACUGAAAUUGAAGGAUUUAAUAAAAAUCAAACACUAAAAAGCAGUUUAUUUCCAGAUUACAACGAACAUUCAUUACUUGAAUUAUGUUGUUACCACGGAGCAGUUGAUUGUUUCAAGUUAUUAAGAUCGAAAUUUAACUCAGAAAUAACUCAAACAUGUCUAGAAUUAUCAUUUUUAGGAAAAAAUCCAGAGAUAAUGAGCGAAUGUUUGAAAUAUCAAAAGCCAGAUAAAGAAUGCAUGAGAUAUGCAAUUAUUUCACACAACAUUGAUUUUGUUUCAUUCUUGAUGAAUGAAUACAAAAUAGAAAUAGAUUUAGAAUAUUGCGCAAUUUAUAAUAACCUUGAUGCGUUUUUUGUUUAUUUCGAUCAAACUAAUGAUGUUAACAAAUGUUUUAAUAGUUCACCAAUGUUUGAAAUUCUAGCCCUUUGCGAAUAUUUCUUUUCACAAGGUGCAGAUAUCAAUGCCGAAAAUUCAUAUGGAGAAACAGCACUUCAUAUGGCAAUACGACAAGAAAAUAAGGAAAUAUUUGAAUUUCUUAUUUCACAUGGUGCAGAUGUUAAUAAAAAAGAUAGAUUAUUAGGAACCCCUCUUAAUGUUGCAGCAUAUGCUGGAAAUAUAGAAAUAAUUAAAGCUCUUAUCUCGCAUGGUGCAGAUAUCAAUGGCAAAGCUAAAAUUAUUGGAACAGCGCUUCAUAUUGCUACAGUUGCAAAUAAUAAAGAAGUGGUUGAAUAUCUUCUUUUACAUGGUGCAAAUAUCAAUGCGAAAAAUACAGAAGGUUUAACAGCUCUUUAUUCUGCCAUAUGUCAUAAUAAAAAAGAAUUAGUUGAACUUCUACUUUCAUACGGGGCAAAUAUCAAUGAAAAAAAUAUCUUAGGAGAAACACUUCUUCAUUCUUUAGCACGUACAAAUAGUAAGGAAAUUAUUGAACUUCUGCUUUCAUAUGGUGCAAAAAUUGAUGAAGUAGAUGAUUUCGGAAAAACAGUACUUUAUUAUGCGGAAGAGGACGAUAAUGAGGAAAUAGUUGAACUACUUCUUUCACAUGGUGCAGAUAUCAAUAAGAAACACAUUUUAGUUGAAAAUGAUCAUGAUAUUGAUUUAGAUCAAUUAUUAGAUCUCAUAUGUGAAGAAGAGUUUUGA